AUGAACCCGCCGGCGCCCGGCAAGACGGCCACGCGCUCCUCCGGAUACCACCAGAAGGCGCUCGCCGAAAUCCGCAACUCGUUGCUCCCGUUUGCAAAUAUUGGGAACUCGGAACCACCUGGCUCCUCAGCUGCGAGCACCGUUAGCUCUGGUGUCAGUUCCGGAUUCAGCUCAUCAUCUGGUAAUGGGCUGGAUAAAGAUUUGAACGUGCUACCGCAGUCACUCAAUCAGCUGAUAGCUCUUGGAUAUGAGGAGGAUCCAGCUGUCAAAGCCCUUAAAUAUGCCGGAGGCCGCUUUGAUGCUGCACUCGACUACCUGUCGAAGCAGCAAGAACCUCUCAAUGGAGUUCUCAAGUCGAGCAACUUUAGCACGAAGUUGAUAAGAAAGCCGAGCUUGGAAAGGGAGCUAAACCUUCACAGGGGCAGCCCGGCGCUCGACUCGGGCGCUGGUAGCUCGAGGUCGGACAGUCCCCGGCAGUCAGACGCGCCGCCGCUGCCCCACGAGAAGCUGAGCAGACAGUACUCGCCGUCCGGUUUCUCGGAGCCCCCACCGCCGCCGCCGCCGAGAUGCCCCUCAACGCCGCCGGUGCCCCCCUCGGUCCAGCAGCUCAUGAAGCGGAUGUCGCCGGCGCCGCCGCUGCCGCCCGCGAGGGGCACCAGCCCCGUCGCCACCGGGGCCCCCACGCCCCCGGCGCGGCAGCCCAUGAUAGUGCAAAACGGACCCCAAGUACAACAGCAGCUGAGCCAGCAGAUACAAGCGCUGAGCAUAUACCAGCCGGGCUCCGCCGGCGCGGAGCUCCCGCCCCCCUACCCCCUCUCCAGCGUCCCCCCGCCGCCUUCGUACUCGGUCUCCAUGCAAAACCGCCAAAGCCCCACCCAGUCACAGGACUACAGGAAGAGUCCCUCGUCGGGGAUCUACUCGGGCGGCACCUCCGCGGGCUCGCCGAGCCCGAUCACGGUCACGCAGUCGACCGGCUCGUCGACCGGCAUGACUCGACCCACGCCUAUCCAGCCGUGGACAGCGAGACAAGCGGUCCAACCGCCGAUCAUAAUGCAGUCCGUGAAGAGUACGCAGGUCCAGAAGCCGAUACUGCAGACCGCCAUUGCGCCCGUAGCCCCACCGCCCGUCGCGAGCUCCGUGGUCCAGCCGCCGCCGCCCUCCUACGCGAGCUCGAUCCAGCAGAAGCAACAGGCCCAGACGCCGCCCAGUUACCCACUCGCACCGAAACCCUCGUCGCCGGGGUCAACGCCCCCCGUCAUAGCGACGGCGACGACGCCCACCGUUCCCACCACUGAGCCCCCUAGUUACGCCAUCACCAUGCAAGCCCUCGCCGUCCAAAGGGGCAUGCACCCCAUACCGCCGCCGCCGUACGGCAACCAAAACGACAACACGACCACGGUAAACUCGCACCACUCCCCCCUGCACAAAAAGUUCCCUAACAACUGCGACAUCAAGGGUGAGCCGUCUCAGGGCCCCAUGGAGAUGAAGUGCCCCAAUCAAAACUGCAGUCUGCUGAAGGAAAGUGCUCCGUCAAGCUCUGACAAGAGCUCGAACGGAUCAACGGAACGCCGGCCCAAAGGUUUGCCCGAAAAGAUCAGGCACCAGUCUCCCAUCCCCGAGCGCAAGCACAUCAGCAAAGAGAAGGAGGACGAGAGGAGAGACUGCAAAGUGAGGAACUACUCGCCGCAGGCGUUCAAAUUCUUCAUGGAGCAGCACGUCGAGAACAUUCUCAAGUCGUACAAACAGAGAACGUACCGUCGGAUGCAGCUCGAGAAGGAAAUGAUGAAGAUCGGCCUCAGCGCGGAGGCGCAAUGUCAAAUGAGGAAGAUGCUGUCACAGAAGGAGUCAAACUACAUCAGGCUGAAGCGGGCGAAGAUGGAUAAGUCAAUGUUUACUAAGAUUAAGCCGAUCGGCGUCGGCGCGUUUGGUGAGGUGACGCUGGUCAGGAAGAUUGAUACUAGUCAUCUGUAUGCCAUGAAGACGCUGAGGAAGGCGGACGUGCUGAAGCGAAACCAGGUGGCCCACGUGAAGGCCGAGAGGGACAUCCUGGCCGAAGCGGACAACGAGUGGGUGGUGAAGCUGUAUUACAGUUUCCAGGACAAGGACAACCUGUACUUCGUCAUGGACUACAUACCGGGCGGCGACCUAAUGUCGCUGCUGAUCAAGCUGGGCAUAUUCGAGGAGAACCUCGCGAGGUUCUACAUCGCGGAGCUGACGUGCGCGGUGGAGAGCGUCCACAAGAUGGGCUUCAUCCACAGGGACAUCAAGCCGGACAACAUCCUGAUAGACCGCGACGGUCACAUAAAGCUGACCGACUUCGGCCUUUGCACCGGCUUCAGGUGGACGCAUAACUCGAAGUACUAUCAAAGGAAUGACCACGGGCGGCAGGACUCCAUGGACCCCGUAGACGGGGAGUGGGGCGCGAUGGGCGAGUGCCGCUGCCACCAGCUCAAGCCGCUGGAGAGGCGGCGCAAGCGGGAGCACCAGCGGUGCCUGGCCCACUCGCUGGUCGGCACGCCCAACUACAUCGCCCCCGAGGUGCUGCAGAGGACCGGGUACACGCAGCUCUGCGACUGGUGGUCGGUCGGCGUGAUACUGUACGAGAUGCUGGUCGGCUCGCCGCCGUUCCUCGCCUCCACGCCCGCCGAGACCCAACUGAAGGUGAUUAACUGGGAGAGCACGCUGCACAUACCGGACGCGGCGAACCUGUCUCGCGAGAGCAAGGACCUGAUCCUGCAACUGUGCUCCGGGCAGGAGACGCGACUGGGGAAGGACGCGAACGAGCUGAAAAGCCACCCGUUCCUCAAGGGCAUCGACUUCGAGAAGGGGCUCCGCCGCCAGGUGGCGCCCUACAUCCCCCGCAUCGAGUACCCGACGGACACGUCCAACUUCGACCCGAUCGACCCCGAGAAGCUGCGAAACUCUGGCAGCUCCGACUCGAACAAGUCUGACAGCGAGCUGCUGGACAACGGGAAGACCUUCCACGGCUUCUUCGAGUUCACCUUCCGCCGCUUCUUCGACGACGGCUACACGAACAAAAUCAACCUCGACGACGACAGCCAAGGACCCGUGUACGUC